AUGAAGAAGACCAUUCCGAUACUCACUGACGGGCAUCUCAUAGCUAUACGCCUGUUUCAAAGACGAGGCCGAAAGAAGAAGGAGCUCCAUGGCAAACUGCGCGGCGGCAACGAGUUCAUUGCAGAUUAUAUCUAUAAGAGAACCGGGGUAGAGCGUACUCGGAAGCAGGUGUCUAGUCACCUCCAAGUCUUAAAGGCUUUCUUGGGCGAGAACAAACUCUGUGGGUCUGAUGGUCCAAAGUCCCAGCCUGAAGAUGCUAAUUGCUCAAUUUCAGGGAUGAGCCUCGUCGCUGACAUAAAAGCGGAGAAUUCGAACAAGAAAGCACAUAGUAGUACUGCCCAUGAAGAGACCGCGGGUGAUUACGGAGACUUGGAGUACGAUGAUGCAUCCGAGUAUCAACCUUCGCAAGCAUCGUAUCGUCGUGUUUCCAACCGUCCCCCAGCACCGAUCGAGAUCCUAACAUCCAAUAUGUACCCGGGUCCUACGAUACGACGCGUCUUGGAGUUUGCCAUGACUCUAACAGAAUGUGAUAGCGACGCUCCUCUCCAUUCUUACACGUCACUACAGAGCGAAAUGGCUUCGGCCCCCAAAACGCUAGCGGAUGUCAAAAAUUGGCGUGAAAUGUAUCCUCCGUUGGCUGCUGACUAUGACAGAGGACAGAUUGAGUGUCCAAUUUUCCUCUUUGAUACUCACUUGAGCUUGAUGGACCACUAUCACCCUUCAAGCCUUGAUCACCCUUCAAGCCUUGCAAUUAAGCUCUCCUUGCAUUUCAGUCAGGGUGCGCAUUUCACUGAAUGGCGCUCAUAUCCAAGGUUCUACGAACAGAAUGGUCGUCCGGUAGAUCUUACAGAAUUCUCAGAGCCAUCGGCCGACAACUUGGACAGCUCACAGGUCGAGGGAACGGACGAUGCUAAGCUUGGUCAAAUAGCCUUCAGAGGCAGAUGGUGGGCCUGGGUCUUCUCCAGCAUGAUCAUAAGGAAAAGCAUGAUGGAUAACAUUGGAGACCCUAAAUUGAUCAGAGAAGAAGGGGAACGCGCCAUUGAAAGAAUUCAAGGAAUAUCUGUGAUGCAAGAGAUCUGGGCUACGCAUCGAGUCUACAAUCACCGGCCGCAAAGAAUGGCCAUCCUCCUGUGGAAGUUCAGUACAGCAAAAAGCGGGCAGGCAGCCACAACAAGCUGGCGAAGACUUAAUGCGCCAUUGUCGGCGUACGAGAUCCAGUCCCCACAUCCCACAGCUGAAAAACCUCCUAUGACACUUGACACGACUCUUCAAGCGGCAUCACCAUACGAUGCACACUACACUGCUCAGCCCAGCAUCUUCUCUGGAUAUCCAACAGAGGACCUCAACCCUGCUCCUUUGUCAGAAGACAGCUCACCAUCGACGACGCCGACUCCGGAAAGCCACUCGUUCCCAUCUUCGACCUCCACCUUGUUCCCCUCGUCGGUCUCGAAUUCGAUCUACCCAUUGUACCCUUCUCAAGAGUCUUCCUUCCAAUCACAAGACUCUGCUUACCCUACCUUGGGUUCUCUCGAUUCUCAGAACUCUGAAUACUCUCUCUACCAGCAUCACGAUAUCGUUGAGGCUUCCCACGAAUCUUACGGACCUCCCGAAUUCGCAGACGGCUCGCAGGAAUGCUACGGAUCUCAGGAAGUCAUGUAUCACUCGCAAGAGUCCUUGUACCAAGAGGCCUCCGAGCUCUACGAGUAUCCGUAUCAAAUGGUCGACGCUCCAGUCACAGCUUCAACAUCCCAAGACUUCACCGGCGGCCAGAUCCAUUUGUCCUACGCCCAGACUGAGGACUCCCAGUCAUCCUACGAGGCACCCCUGAUUGCACCUCAAGCUAACAUGAUACCUCAGCACCAGCUUAUCCAGCAUCCGGAGCAGUUCAAUCAGCACGAUUACCUUGACCAACAUCCGGACGAUCUCGGUGGCGGCCAUCAUGAACUCGAUGAGCAAGCACAAUCGCUACCACAACCCUACGAGUUGAAUGAACUGACAAUCGACUACAAUGGGUGGGAGGAAACACUACGGUUGAACCCGGACCUCGAACGCCAUCUCAGCAUCGACGCUGUGGAUGAGGUACGCCACAUUGGACAAGAGUACAUGAGCCGGGUGGGCCAAGAGACCCUGGAAUUGAAACAGGGAGAGGUGCUUGGGGAGGUUCAAGAUGAGGAGGGUAGCCCUGGCAGGCAGUUGGAGUAUCAGUAA